CUACAGAAAAAAUCCAGGAACAUAUCACCAACCAGAACCCCAAGUCCCACAUGUUUGAGGAUCCCAAGGAUAAACCGGAAAAUCUACUCAACUCCAAGAGGCCUACUAGGGUCUUCACGGAGACCAACCACUCCCAAGGAGAGGCUCCAGCUUUGGGCAGAAACCCCGGGUCACCAACAAUUCAGUUGAUUGAAAAACAGCAAGGGACGAAGAUCCUUUUCAGGAAGUUCAGCAAAACGAAUUGGUCGGUGGACAUUCACCCUUUAAAUAAAAGCUUAGUCACAGACAGUAAAUGGAAGAGAAUUGAUGAAACUCAAGAAAAACGUAGGUCUUUCCUUCAGGAAUUUUGCAAGAAAUACAGUGGAGUGAGUCAUCCUCAAUCCAAUGUUUUUCACAUGGUCUCCAGGAUCUAUGUAGAAGAUAAACACAAGAUCUUAUAUUGUGAAGUACCCAAGGCUGGCUGCUCCAACUGGAAGCGAAUUCUGAUGGUGCUCAACGGCUUGGCCCCCUCUGUGGACAACAUCUCCCAUGAUGCUGUUCACUACGGGAAGCAUUUAAAGAAGCUCGACAGCUUUGACUUAAAAGGGAUUUAUAGUCGUUUAAACACCUACACCAAAGCUGUGUUUGUUCGUGAUCCCAUGGAAAGAUUAGUGUCAGCAUUUAGGGACAAAUUUGAACACCCCAAUAGUUAUUACCAUCCAGUAUUUGGAAAGGCAAUUAUAAAGAAAUAUCGGCCAAAUGCCUUUGAAGAAGCAUUAAAUAAUGGAUCUGGAGUCAAAUUCAAAGAGUUCAUCCAUUAUUUGCUGGACUCGCACCGUCCUGUAGGAAUGGACAUUCACUGGGAAAAGGUCAGCAAACUCUGCUAUCCCUGUUUGAUCCAAUACGAUUUUGUAGGGAAAUUUGAAACUUUGGAAGAAGAUGCCAAUUACUUUUUACAGCUGAUCGGAGCUCCAAAAGAACUGAAAUUUCCCAACUUUAAAGACAGGCACUCUUCUGAUAAAAGAACCAAUGCUCAGGUGGUGGGACAGUAUUUAAAGGAUCUGACUAGAACUGAGAGACAGUUAAUCUAUGACUUUUAUUACUUGGACUAUUUGAUGUUUAAUUAUACAACUCCAUUUUUGUAGUUUGCUUUCUUUUUCUAAAACUCUGUAUUGACUUUAUGCCGAUGGCCUCAAAUCAGCUAGCUGUAACUUUCCUAUAAUUCUCUGUAUGAAAAAAAUUUAACUAAGUGCAGUUGU